CCCUGAAGAGGGGUUGCACUGAUCCCGCUACCCCUCUUCAAGAUAGAGAUCUCAAACUCAUCAAUCGUAUCUUUCUCGCAGCACAGCAGCCGCCAGCAAGGCAAGCAGAGCAGCAAGGCUUGAAAUGUUUAAUGUCAACAUCAAAAUGCUACACUGAAGUUGACACUAUUAUUUCCAAAGUAAGCAAAGGAGGAGAUAUAGGUUGGCUUUCCAGUGGACCUGACUUGCUCAUCUUCAGUAGAAAAACAUUUAUGGAACAUUCUGUUCUUCUUUCAGACUUGGAAAACUUGUGGAGUCAAGUGCCUGCUAUAGCAGUUUUAAAACUUCUUUUCUCUCACUGACAAUGUGUCAAAAUGAAACGGUAUCAAGUUUUAUAUCACUGGUUAAUUUUCUAUUAGCUUCAAAUUGAAGAAAAAAUGGAAAACUAUUAUGAGCCAGGAAGCGUAUCUCACCUAUGGACAACCUGUAUACUUUUGGUAAAAUAACAACCAUUCGCCAUACAACAUUUUCAGCCACAAAGGAGCAUUAUGUCGUUUCAUUCUAUUUGAACUUUGAAAGUUGUGAAUAAAAGUCAACAAGAGGUAAAGGAUAGAGUCAAUUUAUCACUUGAUUUCUCAAUUACACGGAAUGUAUUCCAACUACAAAGAAAUGUUCAUCUAGAGCAUUGGAUGAACUGAAUCGAAAGGAUCAGUAUAUACCGUGGAUUCAUUCAGACAGGGAGAGAAUAUUAAGGAUUGAUUCACUGACCAUUCAGUAGUCAAUGGAUGAACAUCUCUAUUGCUUUCUAUGUGGACAUAAUAGGUCCAUGGUGUGAACAACCCCGUUGGAUGCAUGCUAGCAUCACUAUGGGACCCAGAUGCAGGAAAGCAUCUAAUGAGGAAUGAUGGAUGCAUGGGGGAACCAUUAAGUACUGUUACGUGACAUGUUUGUCACUCAGCUAUCACUGCAGCGAUGUGUUAAUGAGAUAAUAGACACAUGUGUGAUAUUAUAUUUUAUUGUCUCUCAAAUUGGGAAACAAUAUUUUGAGGUUGGUGAUGUUUUACUGUGGAUAAUUACAUGAAAAGUGAAGAGGAUUACUAUGACUGAUACUGAUAGGUGACUAACUUACAACUCAAGCCUUUCAGUGGAGGAUAUUCAGUUUGAAAACUUCAACAGAGGGUGACAGCGUAGACAGAGAUAUUUUUUUAGCUGGUGGAAUUAAUCUUCAAAAGUCAAGAAUACAUGCAGCAAGAUCUUUCAAAACAACUCCAUUUGGAUAUUAUCACUCUGCUGACACAAAAUGCAACAUAACCAUCUAAGGAAGGAAACUUCAUUAUGCACGAGGUAAGGAGCAUGAUGAACAUCACUCCAAGAAUGUCAACAGUAGGAGGAGACAGUCUGGUAACCAAUACUCCAACUCAUCCAUCAGCUUAUCCUAACCAAACACACACUAUCAUCAUAGCAACCCUCUUCAUCCUUGUUGGCACCAUUGGUAUGAUUGGCAACUGCCUGGUUCUCAUUGCCGUGCUGCUCUCAAAGAAGCUACAAACGGCCACCAAUGCUUUUGUUGUUAACCUCAGCAUCUCUGACUUUCUAACCUGCUUUGUACUGCCGUUUCAAGCUUCAGGGCUUUUCAGUGACAGUGGAUGGCUACUCUCCGAUGGGAUGUGUAACUUUGUUGCUGUACUAACCAUCACCACACCAACGGUCAGUGUAUUAACACUUGGAAUGAUUGCAGUGAAUCGUUAUACCUUGAUAACAAAAACAAAGAAAACGUACCAACAGAUCUACCGACUGCCUGUCAUAGCAGCUCUUGUCUCAACCACAUGGUUAUUUCCAAUAUUAACAAUAGUUAUUCCUCAGUUGACAAACCUUGGAAACUUGGGAUUUGACUACUUUUAUAAAAUCUGUAAAUGGGAUGUAGAUCUAUCCAAGAUACCUAUCUUUCAGACAAUAUCGUCGGUCACAUUCCUAGCAUCGACAGGAGUUAUCAUUUUCUGUUACAUGUCAAUAUAUCUCUACGUUCGCAAGCACAUCACUGAAAUGAAAGCGAAACGUAAGAGCCAGGUGAUAUCACUGCAGAGUAUAAGCAUAGAAGAAAACAAUGCAGCACCACAAAAUCAACGGCAAAGAUCUCCAACUAAGAGCAAUAUCAACGGGACACCUUCUCUGAGACAGGUCAAAAUCACCAAGAACUUAUGUUAUGUUGUGAUCAUAUUCUUUGUUUGCGUGGUCCCGUACUCUGUGCUGCUCCUCUUUCGUGUUCGCCACCUCGCAGUGGCAUAUUUUGCUGUAGUAUUUACUCUGUCAAGUAACAUCAAUCCGAUUCUGUACUCUGCUAAGCAUCCUGAUUUCAGGUCGGUCUUCAUCGCAAUGCUGCAUUGCAAAUACCUUGAUGUUGUUAGCCCAUCUGGGUGUCUCAGAACACUUAUUGAAAGGACAGGGGCGAUACCAAACAAUAAAAGCUCUUCAGAAUCCUAGUCAACACAGAUUACAGGAUCUUUACCCCAUCUGAAUAAUAAAUAUUCAAAGAUCUAAAAUGGUUAUCCUCAAAGAGUAAUGUAUUUUGGAUGUAUGCUUAUAUUGAACAGUCUAAACAACUCAUCUUCAGAUUUUUCAAUAACUUUAAAUUAUAUCCAAUAAUAAUAUAAAUACAAGAUUUGCCACCAGCCUACAACUUGUCCCAAAAUGCAAUACCGAUUAUUAUAAAUGCUCAUUCAUUAUCUCCUCAAUAUCAAUGUUUAAUUCCUUACCCC